CUCCCGCAUUCCGCAACAACACCAGCGAUAGCACCAAUACCAUCGCCAUCACCACCGACACUUCGCCCUCCCACCUUUCACCCGGACCAAGGCUGGAACUCGCCAUCACUGACCGCACAUAGCUUUACACCUCCACCUUGAUCCCGCACCAAACCCGGCCGCCUUGCCAUUACCGCCUCCCGCACCUGCUGCACCAUUACAACUACAUUCACAACCACACUCACAUCCACCGCACAACCUCACCAUGAGCGGAAGCGGCGACCAAGAGCGGGAACACGCCCUCGAAGCUUACAAGUCCAAGCUACUUGAGUCGAGAGAAUGGGAGGCCAAGCUCAAGGCGCUGCGACUGGACAUCAAGGGCCUCCAGCACGACUUUGACGUAUCAGAAGACAACAUCAAGGCGCUGCAGAGCGUCGGCCAGAUAAUAGGAGAGGUGCUGAAGCAGCUAGACGAGGAGCGAUUCAUUGUCAAGGCAUCGUCAGGGCCCCGUUACGUCGUCGGAUGCCGGUCAAAGGUCGACAAGGCCAAGCUCAAGCAAGGCACCCGCGUGGCUCUGGAUAUGACGACUCUUACCAUAAUGCGCAUGCUCCCCCGCGAAGUCGAUCCGCUCGUCUACAACAUGUCGCUCGAAGACCCGGGUCAGGUUAGCUUUGGCGGUAUCGGUGGUCUCAAUGAGCAGAUUAGAGAGCUACGUGAGGUGAUUGAGCUGCCGUUGAAGAACCCAGAGCUGUUCCUGCGAGUAGGCAUCAAGCCGCCAAAGGGAGUGCUGCUCUACGGUCCGCCAGGCACUGGCAAGACACUACUGGCACGUGCUGUGGCGAGCAGUCUCGAGACAAACUUCCUCAAGGUUGUCAGCUCGGCCAUUGUCGACAAAUACAUUGGAGAGUCGGCGCGUCUGAUCCGCGAGAUGUUUGGUUACGCAAAGGAGCACGAGCCCUGCAUCAUCUUCAUGGACGAGAUCGAUGCGAUUGGUGGACGACGCUUCUCCGAGGGAACUUCAGCAGAUCGUGAGAUUCAGCGAACUCUCAUGGAGCUGCUAAAUCAGCUUGAUGGUUUCGACUACCUAGGACAGACCAAGAUCAUCAUGGCAACAAACCGACCAGACACGCUCGACCCUGCUCUUCUGCGCGCUGGUCGUCUGGACCGCAAGCUCGAAAUCCCCCUGCCCAACGAAGUAGGACGUCUGGAGAUUCUCAAAAUCCACUCUGGCAGCGUAGUGACGGACGGAGAGAUUGACUUUGAGAGCAUUGUCAAGAUGAGCGAUGGCAUGAACGGCGCCGAUUUACGCAACGUUGUCACAGAAGCUGGUCUCUUUGCCAUCAAGGACUACCGAGACUCGAUCAACCAGGACGACUUCAACAAGGCAGUGCGGAAGAUGGCCGAGUCAAAGAAGCUCGAGGGCAAGCUAGACUACCAGAAGCUGUAGAACCAUAGCCUAGACUUGGUUGAUAAUAAUUCAAGAAAGAG